AUGGCAGAGAAGGAAGGAGGAAUCGUCAAGAAGGGCCAUGAAGAGGGCAUGAAAUUGGCAGUCUCUCUGCUUGAAGAGUUUGGACUUCCCUUGGGGCUUCUACCUCUGGCUGAUGUGAUCGAAGUAGGGUUUGUGAGGAGCACAGGGUACAUGUGGAUCGUGCAAAACAAGAAAGUCGAGCACAACUUCAAGAUGGUCGGCAAGUUAGUGAGUUAUAGCGAUGAAAUAACCGGUUAUGUUGAGAAGAAGCGGAUCAAGAAGCUCAAGGGAGUGAAGGCUAAGGAGCUCAUGUUAUGGCCUCCGGUGAGCGAUAUCAUCGUGGAUGAUCCGGCUACCAGAAAAGUUCACUUCAAGAGCUUGGCUGGAAUCACCAAAACUUUCCCAGUUGAGGCAUUUGCUGCUGGCCAGUAA